AUGUCUACUCCAUCUACUGGAUAUCAGCAAUCAACUCCACCAAAUUCACCUCCACGCACUCACAACGUACACUCGCACAUAGCACCCGACGCUCUAGAACCUGAGUGGACCAAUCCCGAACCUACUGAGUGGCGAUCAGGACAUCUAGAAGACAAUUAUCCAUUAUUAAACCGUGUUAACAAAGUACUUGAAGAAUAUUAUCACCCCUACCAGAUACCUAGAACCAAAGGACUCGAACUUGCACAACAUAACAAGGAAGAACAAAGACACCUCCUAAUUGAAUUUUCAGCACGCAAUAACUUAGACUCAUUAGAUAAAUUACCUCAAGCAUAUCCUACUCCACCAGUAUCAACAGCCGUACCCUAUUGCGUAUACAUACCUGAAAUGGCUACUACAACAACUGUCUCAGAUAACGCAUAUAAGUUCCCAAAUCUGAAAGGAAGAGAAAACUAUACCGUAUGGCAAAUCCAAAUGCAAGAUAUCUUUGUUGAAAUCAAGUCCUGGGAAAUUGUAGACAGUACAACCGUCCGACCAAGCACAGGAACAACCACUCCGGGUGGUUCCUCAUUAGGAGCUGCCGCCGUUACAGCUGCACAACAAAACUGGGAUUAG